AUGCAACGGCUCUUGGGCACAGCGCUACAAUUAGCAAUUUUCGUCUCCGUUUCUUCGACACCAUGCCCGAUGAAUGGAAGCUUGGCCUUGGAUGAAACCGCAGUAACGGAAGUGCUCAAAGCGAUAAACACUUAUCGUGAAAGAUUAGCCAAGGGAGAGCAGAAAAACGGUCCGGAAGGAACUUAUCUGCCAAAGGCGGCGAAGAUUGAUCCUUUGGAGUGGAGCUGUGAUCUGGAGAGAGAAGCCAAAGCUGCAUUAGUGAGUAUAAAUUGUUCGUCUGAUUCACCUCCAACACCGACCGACAGAACUGGAUUUUUUUACUACAACUUCUACUUUGCUGACGACAUGUUUCGACGGUUAUAUGAUAUGAGUAUCGAAAAUGUGUCCUUUGAUGCCUUAGAUAUUGGAAGCGAGUAUGUCACAUAUGCCCAUUCUAGCAAGGAACUGCGCGAUUAUGCAAACCUUGUUCGAGAUACGAUAACUAAAAUCGGAUGCGCUGAAAGAGUAUGUUGGCGUGAAGUUGGCAUUGGUGGCGCAGAUACAUUCUUAGCCUACUGCUUAACUGACCAACCGGAGUUGAAGGUUUCGCAGAAAUUUGGUAGCGAAGUAGUUUAUCGCAUUGCCACAAGUACCCCACUGACAACAACAGAUGCUGCUAGUGUAACAACGACGCCAGCAGAUGCUGCUUAUUGUAGCGGUGGUCUUUACACAGAAAGUGAAAUCAACUGCCAAAUUCUUUCAUUUAUAAAUCACAAACGUUUCGAACUUGCUAACGGCAUGCAACACAACGGACAUUGUGGACGGUUAGAGGAUAAUACGACAAAAUGUGACUUCCUACCACGAGCUAAGAAUAUGAACAAAUUGACCUGGAGCUGCGAUUUGGAAAGGAAAGCUUUAGAUGCUUUGGAUAACAUGAACUGUACUGUAUGGGAUGCUCGCGUAGAUACUGGUCAUGGUUUCGCUUAUUUUAGCGAGAAAGGAGAAUUCAACACGUCGGACGUAAUUCGUGGAUGGGUCUCCGGAAUUGAUGUUAAAAGCCUUACAUCAGUCAGUCCCGAAGGAGUAACAUACUUGGUUUCGAGGAAUGGGAGAUACCUGUUGGACUAUGCUAACCUAAUGCGCUCCACGGCUACGAAAAUUGGUUGCGCUCACAGAAGCUGCAACGAUUCCGGAGAUUCGAUCACUAUUUUUUAUUGUAUCACUGACCAACCUGAUUUGAAGGAAGGAGAAAAAAUAUACGAGACUGGUAGCGGUAGCUGUGAUUGUACUAAUUUCUGUGAUCCAACCGGUUUAUGCACAGUUUCAAGACCUGCUCCAACUUGCAUUGAGGCAAUAUUCCCUAAGCCAAGUAAUGAAGAUCCGGACACCAUUUGCGCUCAUGGCGAUAUGACCGAUGCACUCAGGAUACUUAUGAUGGAUAUGCACAAUAUACGAAGAGCUCAACUUGCGAGAGGGCACCUGAAAUAUAGUGAUAAUACGCUGCCAUCUGCUACCAACAUGAAUCGUCUAGUGUGGUCUUGCGCUUUGGAAAAGGAGGCUCACGAUCAUCUAGCCAAAUGUCCUACAGAAGGAUAUAUAGAUCCAAGUUGUUUGAGUCCAGUCGAUAACUUUUAUCGCGCCGCCAUCACCAGCGAUUUGUCAACUUUCAAAGAAAUGACCAUAAAGACAAUCAGGGUGUGGUGGGAUGUAUACCAAAACUAUCCUAACCCUGGUUCAAGUGCAGUUUUUACCGAAUCACUCGUUGGCACUCCCAUAGAAUCAUACACUCGAAUGGGUUGGGCUCAAACUCGAGAGAUUGGUUGCUCCAUUGCUAAGUGUGGUGAUGAAUACGUACUAUCAUGCCGUUACCGGCCAAAUGGGAACAUUAUCAACAAUCCAAUGUACAAUGUUGGCCUCGUGUGCUCCGAGUGUUACACUUUUGGAGCUGGAUCGUGCGGUUCUGGUGGACUCUGCGGAUAAUCACAGGAGUUAUGUUUGCUCAAAGACCCUUUGUAAUUUCCAAAUAUGAGUUAACCACUAUUUUCUGCAUUUUUUCAAUAAAAUGGAUUUUAGCUC